AUGAGGGGAUAUCCUCUACUUUUUGUUGAAGAACGGCUCAACAUCGCAGCGCCACGACUCUACGCCAUGUACCGCGAUCAAGACACCCCGUAUAUAGUCAUGGGAUACGUCCCCGGCAUUUCUCUAGGGGUGGUGUGGCCUUCGCUCACCGAGGCAAAUAAACAUUCGAUCACGGAAGGAGAAUUCGGAAAAGCCAUCGCGCUUCGCUCACAGGCUAUGUGGACCGAGUCCAAUAGUCACAGCUUUCUCUCCGAUUAUCUCGCUCGCCAUCUCCCAUCGGCACUUUGCAAUCAUCCGUCUACCUUUACCCACGGAAAUCUCUACAGGGAGAAUGUGCUCGUCAGAAAGGUCGUUGGUUCUGUCGCAAAUGAGGAAGAAGAGUAUGAAGUCGCUGCUCUGGUGGACUGGGAAACGGCGGGGUGGUAUCCUUCGUACUGGGAAUACGCCCAUAUCUUCCCCUUAUUGCAGUGGAUUGACGACUGGCCGGCAUAG